AUGGCAGAACGCGAUAGCGAUGGAAACGACUACCAAACCGGCAGCGAAAGCGAGCGCUCCAAGCGCCCUCGCCCACCCAAGCUCAAGCGAGUCGUCACCAAGACCACUUCCACCGAUACCACCCAAGGCAAAGAGAUCAAUCCCAAAGAAGCAUCCGACUCCAAGUCACUCGUUCAGGAUGAUACCGACCUUCCACCAACGGGGCCGUGGGGAAACAGGGGAGUGACGUCGCCGAAAGCCGGGACGAAGAGGGCGCCGCAGAAGGACUCGAGUCUUAAUGUCCGAAUUAAUCUGGAUUUACGGGCUGAUGUGGCGUUGGAACUUCAUGCCGUGUUGCAGGGAGAUAUCACGAUUGGGUUAUUUUGA